AUGUUGGGUGAUGAUUCGGAUCUUCUAGAUGUUGUGUUGAACAAUCAAGACCUCUUCAGUCUUAGCCAUGUACCAAUGUAUGCAUUCAUGGUUGUAGUAUCGAUUGGUUCAACAAAAGACAAAGAUCUCAGCCAUUCAAACACAGUCACAGAAAUGUAUAUCCACAUUUUUCGUCAUGCUUUGAGGAAACAUGGAAAGAAAACAAUUAGGCAAUUAGAUCCGUACCUGAAAAGGAUCAAAGAUCAUCUUUUUUCCCUGAUGAAAAACGCUUUCAACGCCACAAUACAAAAAACUCUCAACCUUCCAGAUACAAACAGCGAUGAAUCUGACAUAUUUUCAGUUUUUCUGAAAAACAUCACGAUAAGAGAGUCCCUAACAUCUGCAAAGACUUACUGCGCAUUUCUCCACAACACAAUGCAGGAAUUCUUCUCAGCUUUGUGGCUUCUUGGGAAUCCAGGCGAAAUUGAGAAAGUGCUGCAACUCUGUCAGACUGAGGAGAAUAAACACAUGAAAUAUGUUCUUCCUUUUCUAAGCGGACUUCUGGGAGAACACAACAUCAAACUCCUCAAGUGUCUCUUCCCCGAGGAUCAGAUGAAGAAGACGUCUGAUUGGUUCAUUGAGAAGCUUCUAGACACUUUCCUCCAAUCUCAGAGUGAGAGUGACGAAGUUGAUGUUCUCUUUGUGUGUCAGUGCUUGUUUGAACUUCAGUCACCUAAAGCUUGCUUGAUGUUCCUGGAGAAGAUGGACAAUCAGCUUGACCCUCAAGAGGAUCUGGACCCUCAUCAGUGUUGCGCUUUGGCUUAUGUGAUCAGUCAAUCCCAAGAUAAAGAGGUUUAUUUGAAUUUGGAGGACUGUACUAUCUCUGACUUUGGGAUCAACUUGAUUCUCACCUGCUCACCACAGUUUAGAUUACAGCUUUGGAUUGAGCCUUUAAAGCAAAUCACAUUCUUACUGGAAUUCUUCCACAAAGCAUCACAGUGGAGGCAGCAGAAUGAUGGUAUUAUGACAUCACAAUGCUGUAGCACCUCUGUUACUCCUAGUUGCAGUAACAAACUAGAUCUGACUGAUGCACGGCUGAAUCUUUACUCGCAUGUGAAGGACUUUGAGACUCAAACAGGCAGGAGUUUCCUUCCAGCAUUACAGGCAGUUUUCCAGUCAGCACCUGAUGCACCUUUCUCACAGAGAAAGAACUCUGCCCUUCUAGAUGUGCUAGAACUCCACCCAGAGAAGAAAGCAGUAGAGUUGACUGAGGAUGUGUCUGGAUGGUUACCUAGCUGCCCAGCAACUGGUCGAUUUGUGAGGUCUCCCCUAGAGCUUAUCUAUAUUUUUUCUUUGUUUUUUUUAGGUUUCGUGUUUUUAUUAGGUUUCAUGUUUUUAGUGGCGUUGCUUUUAAAGGAGAUGAAUGUAGAGAUGCAACUUCUCUGUCGAUUUUUUUCAUUUGUUUUAUUAUAUGUCACUGGAGAGGCUGUUCCGAGAGUCAGAAAUGUUCGAAACGAUCAACUUUUUCUAAAAACAUAAAAAAGUGCCCCACCAAAGACUGCCCCUGCAGAAAGUGAAGUGAUGAGUUGAGCCUGAUCGCAUUAAAAUGAUGUGACUGUGGCAACAUUUUUGCAAGAAAUUAUAUUAUAUGGUUCACUACACGUCAUGGAGGUUGCGAGGUGAAAUGUCCACUGUGUGCUGCUGAAAGUGAGUUAAAUAAAGUUCUCUGUCCAGUUUUAAAUAAACAAAACGGACCUCCCUACCCUAUUGUGAUGGGAAGAUUGGAUAAUUUUACUGACUUUGAUCUUUGAGUCUCAUUCAGCAAAAAAUCUCAAGUCAUUUCAUUCAUUUGAGCAGAAUUAAAUUCAAAUGUUAAAUUUUCUAAAUUUUCACCUCGCGUAUAUGGCUGUCACAUGACAUAAGAAUGAAUGACUCGGUCAAGAUGACUCAGGAGGUGAAAUAAUAAUUUCUGUUUCCUGUGUGUGUGCAUAGCAUAUACGGCUAUUAAGCAACAAAAGAAUGAACGACUCGGACCAAAUAAUUUAUGUUUCCCGUACAGCGCCUAUGCGGUUUUCACGUAACAAACGAACGGAGGUUGCGCAAAGCGCAUGCGCAGCCAACACAAAAUGAACAAAUCACUCUCUGAGACUACCAGUUCUUCCGAGUCACAUAAAAGAUUCGUUCAAAAUGAACAAAUCAUUCAUGAACGACCCAUCACUACUACCCUUAACUUUAAACCUAAACCUAACUGAUAGUGUCAGAAAAAGCCAAUUUUACGUGAAAAAUUAAAUUGCUGUAGCAACCACAUCAUUUUGUGUUACUUCUACUACACUUGCUCUUCAGGACUCAUAUUCCAGUCCUUUGCAUGCAAGUGCAUCGCUCUAUCAGUUGAGCUACCGCGCAAUUUGAACACACAUAAACAAGCUAGUAAAUGUAGUUGGUUAUAAUGAAAAUGUUAAAACGUACAUAUUAAAAUAAUAAUUGAUCUAUUGUCACACAUUAUACAUACAUUUUUGCACAUAUACUGUGACAUUUUUUUUUUUUCACAUAUCCCAGCUGGGGUCAGAGUGCAGGGUCAGCCAUGAUACAGCACCCCCGGAACAGAUAGGGUCAAGGGCACAACAGUGGUGUCUUGGCAGUGUUGGGGCUUGACCCCCAACCUUCUAGCCAGUAACCCAGAGCCUUAACCACUGAGCCACCACUGCCCAUAUUGCCUCACAAGUCAUGCGCUAUGGUAAAAGUGUUUAGGUAAUCUGCCAUUUUACGCGUGAAGGGAAUAAAAGUAAUUGUUGUAACAGGAGUGGUGUGGUGUAGUGGGCUAAUGCACACAACUGUUAAUCAGAAGGUUGCUGGUUCGAUCUCCACAGCCACCACCAUUGUGCCCUUGAGCAAGGCACUUAACUCCAGGUUGCUCCGGGGGGAUUGUCCCUGUAAUAAUUGCACUGUAAGUCGCUUUGGAUAAAAGCGUCUGCCAAAUGCAUGAAUGUAAAUGUAACAACACUAGUGUUCAUUUCACCACAAAAAUGCAGCGAUACUUUCAAUAAGCCACAUAUAAAUAAUUUAGCAAAAAUGUAUAUUUAGUAGUUCUAGCGCCGUUUUGUGGUCCGUUCUGCAUAACGCGACGGCUCAUUUUUGCUUAUCACGGCCCAGUCGGCCCAUUUCACGGACAAACCACUGGCCCGCUCUGGCCAGUCCACCAAAGAUCGGACCCAAAGUGCGUCGGCCCAUCGGGAAAAUGCCUGAUAUGCCAGAUUGCCAGUCCAGCCCUGUCCCCAACACUUUUUGAAAUAGCUUUUGUCAGGUAUAAACUCCUUUCCAGAGUAAACAACAACAAAAAAAUACAAACAAACGUGUCCCCUCUAAUGCGCAGAUGCAAUCUUGGUUUAUUCAAAUAAAAAAAUAUAUUAAGGGAGAUAUAAGAACCCGGGAUCCCUUGUUUGUAGAACAAAAAUAUUCCAGACAUCCACACCAUUUCGAAACCAAUUAAAAUAUAUGUUGCUCUAUACAUUUAUCUACAAGGAGUGGAAAAUGUAGGAAUGACAUUUUCAAAAUAAAUGUCAAAUGUUCAUUUGAAGACUUGAUUUGGUCAGCAAAAAGUUCAAAUGUUUUUUUUUUUUCUUCUUAUAUUUGUAAUUAUAAUGUCAUUGUUUACAUUUCAGUUUUGACUCCCCUACAGAAAUAAUCUCUAGAUCAGCGUUUCCCAAACCGGGUUUCUGCGGCCGUCUAGCGAGAUCAGGGGUGCCGUGUGAAAAAUCCUUCAAGCAUUCCUAAAAUUCAAAAAUGCAUAAAACAUUUAAAAAAACAGAAUAUCAUUCAUUACUCUAUAGUAACAAAUAAUAAUAACAAUGUUUCUCUCUCACUCGUGCGAAGCCCAUUGGAUGCUCGACGAGUGCUAGUGAGGCAAGGAAACGCAAAUGAGCGUUAAAAUAAAACAAAAGGUUCUUUUGUAUAAUAAAUUAAGAUGUCUACACCGCAAGCACACAACAUUGAAGCGAUCUAGUUUUGCCUCGUCACAUCAUGUUGCUCUCUCAUAGUACAGCAUCUUUGACAAGACAGAAAGAAUUAGCAAACGUUCUUUGUGUUGUGGAGCAGCUGCAGGGUGAAGAGAAACUUUAAACAAUCUGAUUAUCGUCUUAAACAUCUGAAACAUCUCUCAUCUCCAUCUGACAUAUACAAGUAUUUCCUUUGCCUUGUGAAUCAACCAUUUUAAUAAUAAAAGUAAUGCUUUACAUACUAUAAAUACUAUAUUUUCAGUACAUUUUGUCUUCACAUCUUUAAACUGAAGAGAGUUGACUCAUUUAAACAGAUACCAUUGAACUUUUUAAGGGUUUUUUAAUGUUUUUGCAAACCCAUAUGACUUUCUUUUAUCCAUGGAGCUCAA